CCUUGUUCAUCCUUCACUUCCACCAUCACUCCUUCAUCAGCCACCCUUCACCAACACGCUGCCCCAUCGCCAACUGCCGCCGUCUACACACCGUUUCUUUCUUUCGUCUGAUAGUCGCUCCUUACUUCUUCCCUGCCGGUCCGGCGCUCCGCCAUGUAUCUCCAGCGCUCUGCGUCUAAGGCAGCGCCCCUGGUGCUCAGGAACGGCGCAAGAGUCUUCCCACGCACCUCCAGACAUGCGCCGCAAUAUGUUACAGCAAUUGCCAUACUGCUCCCGCACCGGGCUAUGGCGACCGACACCUCGACAUCCUCGGGUCCUGGAGGAGAUUAUCCGCCCCUCGGCUUCAAUGCUGACCAAGCCAAGAAACCGCUUCCCAAGGAAGCUCCAACCAUCAAGGAGCAGGCAACUGUCAGCGACGCAGUCUUGACAAAUCCCACCGCUCCCAAAGAUGUAUCUGCUUCGGCCUCCAAGGCGGCGCCCUCGGACGACAAAACGCUCACAGCGCUAGCUACGGAGAAGGCUACUGAGAAGAAAACCGAAGAAAAGAAGCUUGCCAAGAAGAAAGAGGAUGAGAAGAAGCUCACAGUUUGGCAGAAGGUGAAGCGGGAAGCCAACCAUUACUGGGAUGGAACGAAGCUGCUCGUUACCGAGGUCAGGAUCAGUUCAAAACUGGCCGUAAGAAUGGCUGCUGGUUACGAACUCACGCGGAGGGAGCACAGACAGUUGACCAGAACAGUCCAGGAUCUGGGUCGAUUAGUCCCCUUCUCCGCCUUCGUUCUUGUUCCUUUUGCCGAACUUCUCCUCCCCGUAGCUCUGAAGCUCUUCCCCAACAUGCUCCCCAGCACAUACGAGGGCCAGAGUGCCAAGGACGUCAAGGCCAAGAACCUGCGGGCCACCCGGAAGGAGGUCAGCAGCUUCCUGCGGCAGACUCUCCAAGAAACUGGUCUGCCUGUAAGCACAGAGAAUGCGCAGAGGGAAGAGUUCCAUGAGUUCUUCCGUAAGGUCCGGACGACGGGCGAGACACCCACUCAAGCCGACGUCAUCAAAGUCUGCAAAAUCUUCAAGGAUGAUUUGACCUUGGACAAUCUUUCCCGGCCGCAACUGGUUGCCAUCUGCCGGUACAUGAACAUGACAUCGUUCGGCACGGACAACUUCCUCCGUUACCAAGUACGUCACCGCAUGCGUCAAAUUAAGCGUGACGACCGCGCAAUUUCUUUCGAGGGUGUUGAGUCGCUCUCCGUUCCAGAGCUGCAGACGGCUUGUGCUAGCCGCGGUCUCCGCACGCACGGUAUGAGUCCCGGUCGUCUCCGGGAUGAUCUGCAGAUGUGGCUCGACCUGAGACUGAAGUACGGCGUUCCAUCGACGCUUCUUGUGCUGAGCAACGCCUUCAUGUAUGCUCAAGGUAAGGAGGCGGAAAUGAACUCUCAAAUUGAUGCCCUCCAAGGUGUGCUAUCGAGCAUACCCGAGGAGCUGUAUCACGAGAUCGAACUCGAGGUGCACAGCGCCGAGGGCGCUGCUACCAACAAGCAACGUCUGGAAGUCCUCAAGGAGCAACAGGAGCUCAUCGACGAGGAGAACCAACAGAACCAGAGCAAUGCGCACAAUGCCAACGCGUCGCCGAAGGAUCUUGACAAUAUUGAUGAGGAUGAGAAGGUUGCUGCGAAGGCUGAUGGCCAGGACAUCAAGGAAGCUGCCGACGAAGCUGAGGUCGUUGAGAAAGACAAGGAGAAGUCCUCUGCUGAGAAGCGGGAGGAGCUCCUUCAAGAAGAGAAGGAAGCUGAUAAGGAGCAUGAGACGCAAAAGCUUCAAAAGGAGAAAUCUUAGGGUGGUGCAAUCUCCACUUGCCAUUCUCUAUGUAUAUAGACACAUGAGCUCUCAUUCAUGACGGAGUCCCGGAGCUGCUCCGGGCUCCAAACCCCG